GGCACGUAAUGCUAAGGCCGGUGCCCAGUGGCGGCACUUUCUGUGACAUCCAUUUUGGUUUGACUUUCAUAUCCAUUGUUCCGCCAAAACAUCAUAUCUUCGCCGCGCAUACCAUACCAUCUGAUCCGCGACGACACUCACGAGCCCUCAUCGGUGGACGCGAUACGAGCCAUCCGUUGAACCCUAGACUGACGCACAGGCAGUGGUGAACGCAUACCAUCACCACAACUGAAGACCCAAACGACACGACAAGACUCGUGAGACACUGAGAGAGACGCGAAGAUGUCGUCCAGCGGUGGCCCAAAGUUCGCCAUCGGAGACCUCGUCUGGGCUAAGAUGAAGGGCUUCAGCCCCUGGCCCGGGAAGAUAGUGGACGGCUCGCAGGCCAACCUCCGGAGUCCCAAACCGCCGGGUAAUCUGCGCCAGAAGUCCAUUCAGUGCGUCUACUUCUUCGGCUCAAACAACUUCGGUUGGAUCCAAGAGGACGCCAUCAAACCGUACGCCGAGUUCAAGGAGCAGAACUGCAAACUCAACAAAAGUCACGCUUUCAAAGAGGCCAUCGAGAAGAUCGAUGAGUUCAUCAGAACGGGAGACGUGUCGGUGACCGGCGAGCAGACACCCAAUUCAGGUAUCGGUUCACACAGUCGUAAGACUACUCCCAACACUGUGUCCAGUGAUAAGAGUGCAGACAAUGGUGGUGUUGGUGGCGGAGGACCCGGUGCUGAAGACAAAGGUCUGAAGUUGCCGUCAAUUGACGAGGAGAUUGCGACCAUCUUUACGGGCAAUAAGGCUGACGGAGAGGACAAGAAGGCAAACGCGACCAACGCUUCGGCCGCUAGCACUCCCUCGACGGGCAGUCAACGAGACUACAGCCGCACACCAUUCGGGAAGUCAAAGGCGGGUAAAUCAAAGGCCUCGACGCCGGCCGCCAACGACGACGACCUACCGCUGCCGCCGGCGAAGAGGUCGAAGAGCGCCUCCAUAGAGGAGAACGUGAACAACACGGCGGCGACCAAAUCGCCGGCCAAAGCGGCCGCUCGUAAUCUAUUGGCGCGAACCUCACAAUACCUGUUGGACUCCAACAGCACAGCCGUCAACGAUCAGCCCGAAGUGGAUAUGAAGGCCAUAUCAGCCAAGUCUAAGACCAUUCAACCGUCGAGUUUGAAGUUCGGGUUCAUUGGUCUCGGAUUAAUGGGUCAAAGACUGCUGAAGAAUUUGCUGAAUUCUGGCCAUACGGUCACCAUAUGGAACCGAACGCCCAGCAAAUGCAAAGACUUCGUGAAGGCGGGCGCCGUGAAGGCUACCACUCCGGCUGAUGUGGUCGCCGCCUCUGAUAUCAUAUUCUCGUGUUUGGCUGAUCCGCACGCCGUCAAAGAGAUAGUGUUCGGCAAUUGCGGUAUAUUAGCGGAGAUCCGGUCGACCAAAGGCUACGUCGAGAUGACAACCAUCGACGCCGACACGAGUAAUGACAUCUCGGAAGCGAUUUUGGCGAGAGGGGGCCGUUAUCUCGAGGCGCCUCUCAUCGGAAGCGGUAAACUCCAGGCCGAAGAGGGAAAUCUGACGGUCAUAGUGGCCGGCGAUAAGUCGCUGUUCGACGAAUGCAACUCAUGUUUCCAAGCGAUCAGUAAACACGCCUUCUAUUUGGGCGGACAGGUGGGCGACGCCUCCAAAAUGAAUUUAGUGGUCUCGAUGCUCAUCGGGAAUCUGAUCGGAUCGCUGGCCGAGAGCAUGGCGUUGGCCGAUAGGACCAGUUUAUCACAAAAAGAUUUAUUGGAGAUCCUGUCGCUGUCGCCACUCAACUGUCAGACCCUGAUAUCGAAGGGUAAGUCUAUGAUCGACGGCGGCUUCGCGACCGAAAUGCCGUUGACUCACAUGCAAAAGGACUUACGAUUGGCGCUACAGUUGGCCGAGGUUUACGAGCACCCGAUCCCUAUCACCGCUUCCACUAACGAGGUGUUCAAACACGCGAAACAUUUGGGUUACAGCGAGCACGACGUGGCGGCCGUCUAUAUCAGGUCCCGGUUCUAAUGGGACGGACAGCUGGACACCCGUGUGCUCUCUCAUCACGUGGUCAGACGAGGCGCUGAUAUUAUAAUCCAUUAAAACAUUUGGUUUUUUCUCCAUUAAUAUAUAUUUGAAGUGUUUUUAUUUUGCAUUGAAUUUAAUCAAACAUUUUAUCCGAUAAUUCAAGUGAACUGAAACUAUUGAUAACUACUUUUAUGUCUCUCCCGUCCGGUUCCGGCGGACACACCAUUCUCUAAGAGCUCUUCUAAUUCCUCUCAUUCUUUGGUAAUUGAAUCAAUCGAUUGUUAUAAUGGAAAACCGAAAUCAAUAUAUUUGUAUCAUUUUUUUCGUGUAGUUUUUCUCCUCUUUUUUUGUUUACACUUUUAAUUAAUUACUGACUCAUUAAGUACUAAACACGCAUUGACUGUCCAUUCAUAUUGAGUAUGACUUACACUGAUUAAUUAAAUUUAAAUUUUAAAUCAAUUUUUUGUUUCGCAAUUCUUUUAAUGAACCAAAUAAAAAUUGUAUUGUAUGUC